AUGUCGGGUGAUCAAUAUGAGCCAAUCAUUCUCAUUUCUGUGGUCGGUUGGUACUUUGCACGCCAAUCUGGCCCUUGCCAAUUCGGCCUAUACGGUGUGAAGAGAGAAAAUGGCAGAUUCCGUCCGGACAAAGAAACCUCCGAUGGCUUCCGGCACGUGCCCCAACAUCGAUCUGUCACCAUGUCGGACUAG